UGCUCAGUUCACAAGUUUUGGCAAAAUAACCAUAGUGAGAUACAUAUAAUGGAGUGAGACAGAUAUGAUGGUUCGCGAGUAAACUAAUAUCAUUUAUUUCAGUUCCAGAGUCUGACAUAAAAUAUUAAAAAUGACUAGCAUUUUUAUGUAACAUUGGCAAUAGUGAAUAAUCAUUAUGAAGCUAUAAUAUAGCUAUCUACUGUACUUCCAAAUAAUUUUGGAAAUGAGAUUAUGAAAAAAAAAUUUAUAUGUUUUAUUAAAAUCUACAACAAACAAUGGUAGUAGGUGUAUUUCCUGCUCUUAAAUUAGGUGUAUUAUUUAUCAAACAAAUAAGUAAACCUUUGGCUAAAAUAAUAGUUAAUCAAGCUAAAAAUCAUCCUAUAUUCCGUAGAUACUUUAUUAUUCCACCUGCUCAAAUUUAUCAUUGGGCAGAGGUAAAAGGUAAAAUGUAUAUGAUGAAUCUUGGAAAACCAACAAAAGUAGCAAAGUUAAAUGAAAAUAUGGCAAUAGAAUUAGGAGCUAGUUUAAUGGGAGAAGUUAUUAUUUUUGGUCUUGCUGGUGCAUGUGUAAUGUUUGAAUACAAUCGUCAAGUGACUAAAGAAGCAAAAAAAGAAGAAAUACGUAUUGCACAGAUACAACAAUUUAAACAUGAUAUUAAUUUAUUACAAAAAGAUAGUAUGCAAUUACAAAGUGAGAUUAUGUCUUUACAAAAUAUUAUAGCAACAUUGUCAAAACACAAAGGUACGAAGUCUGAACUAGUUGAACGACCGACAUUAACAGAGACAGAUAAAAACAUUGAUCAAUUACAAAGUACAGACACAACAAUGAAUGCAGAAACAAAUGUUACAGAGAACCAACUAUCGCUGAUUCAACGUGCUAUAUUAUAUUAUGAGAAUAAUUUUAGAGAAGAUAGAUAGAAUUAGGUAAUUAGAAUUAUUUAUUUUUAUUUGAAAUAUGUGAUAAAUCAAAGGUAUUCUAAUGUGAUUAGCAAUAGCAAUUUCUUAUGUCUUGGUCAAUAAUAAGAAAUUUUUUUUGCCAUAUAAUAUUAUGACUUAUGUGUAAUAUGUAUAUUUUGUAUAUAUCAGAAGAUCUUUCAGAUUUGGUGAUUUGUAUUUUAAAAUACAUUUUUUAAUGAAAUGCCCCAAUAUUAUUUUUUUUUUUUUGUUAUCAGGGGAUUUUGUUCUACAUACUUUGUAUACAUUUCUAACUUUAUAUUGCUUUUCUAUUUCUGAAUUUUAUAUAUACAAUAUAAAAUUUAUAAUUAAUGUCAGUUUUAUUUUUUAAAAUUGUUAUAUUUCAUUUUUCAUAGGCAAAAAAUGUAGAAAGCUAAGACUAAAACAAAUUGAGGUAACGAUAGUCGUGAUCAGUAAAAUAUGCUUAUUGCUGCGGGUAUCUUACAAUUUUAUGUAACUCUAGUCUUUGAUUAAUAAUGGCAUAAUUUGUAAUUAUUAUAAAAAUCAAUAAAAAUUUUAAUAAAUAAA